CUUCAGGCUGCCGUCGUCGCCGGAUUGAGCGCGGACUUGUUUGUCCACCCCAUGGAAACAAUCAUUACGCGCGUUCAAUCCCCACUAUACGCCAUCCGAUACAAGUCCAAUGGCCGAAUCAAACAGAAUUUAUUUAGAGGCCUUUAUCAAGGCUUUGGGCCCACUCUACUCACUGGCAUACCCUCGUCUGCCGCUUUCUUCAUCAUAUACGAAGGCAUGAAAAGUGCCUUUCAAGAGUCAAAAUACCUUCAUGUUCCCCCUUGGGCAGCUCAUGUGGCCAGCAGUGGUGUGGCUGAGCUUGUAAACUGUGCAAUCUCAAAUCCUGCGGAAGUACUGAAGCAGAACGCUCAGAUCCAACUAGGAGGACCAAGGAAACCAUGGGGCUGGUACACGAUUCAGGCCUUCCGGCAAUUCUCAGCUCACCCUGCAAGAUUGUGGACAGGAUACUCUGCGUUACUGGCUAGUCAUCUUCCAGGAACUUGCUUGACCUUUGGCAUUUACGAGCACAUCAAAGCACAGAUACUGGAUAAAAUGAGCGAAACAGACCCUCAAUUGGCAGCCAGCACGUCCAUGCAGGUUCAAGUGAGCACACUCAGCGCAGGACUGGCUGGUGGCUUUACUUCGUGUUUCCUAGUCCCUAUUGAUGUCAUCAAGACAAGGAUGAGACUUACUGCCGGAGGUCAUGGCAUUGAGACGCUUGAAAGAUCUAGACGGCCCUCUGUCAGUUUCCUCAACAUCGCAAAAGAGACCCUACAUACAGAGGGUAUGCCCGGUUUGUUUCGAGGAUUUACUCUUACAUGCGUGGCGGCUACAAUUGGAAGUGGAUUGUAUCUCGGCUGCUAUGAGGGUGUAAAGUUGUACAUCAAGGAUACCCAUGAGAGGCUAGACCUUUCAUGA